UGGCUGUCGUCGACGAGGCUCGUGGUGAAGCCCGAUAUGUUGUUUGGGAAGCGCGGGAAGAGUGGCCUUGUUGCUCUCAAUUUGGAUAUGGCUCAGGUCGCCGAGUUUGUGAAGCAGCGUCUUGGCAAGGAGGUUGAGAUGGGAGGCUGUAAGGCGCCUAUAACGACGUUUAUACGUACUAUAGUGGAGCCAUUUAUGCCUCAUGAUCAAGAAUUUUACCUUUCGAUUGUUUCUGAAAGGCUUGGAUCCACUUUGAGCUUUUCGGAGUGUGGAGGAAUUGAAAUUGAAGAGAACUAGGA